GAUCGGGAUCGGCGGGGAGCGGGCCGCCCCGCGUGCGGCGCUAACUGCGCUUCUCCCGCAGCUGGGAGGCCGCGUACGAGAGGGAGCUGCGGAGCUUCCGCGGCGGCGGCGGCGCCGGCGAGGUGUGGUUUGGAGAAGAAAGCGUCGUCCGCUUGAUUCGAUGGAUGGAAAAACGCAGGAUCCCCCGUGACAGUCCUGUGCUGGACAUCGGCUCUGGGAACGGAGUCAUGCUGGUGGAGCUGGCAAAAUCAGGUUACACCGAUCUCACUGGGAUCGAUUACUCGCCUUCUGCAAUACAACUUUCAGAACAAGUGAAAGAGAAAGAAGGGAUGUCUAACAUUAAAUUUCAGGUAGAAGACUUCCUGGCCCCAUCAGCUGGACUAUCAGGAUUUGAGAUUUGCAUCGACAAGGGGACRUUCGAUGCUGUAAGCCUGAAUCCUGAGGAUGCAGUUGGGAAGAGGAAACAGUACGUGAGAUCUCUCUGCAACGUAUUGAAGCCAGGAGGCUUCUUCCUCAUAACAUCCUGUAACUGGACCAAGGAGGAGCUGCUGAGUGAGUUUGGAGAAGGAUUUGAAAUUCUGGAGGAGCUGCCAACACCCAAGUUUUGCUUUGGAGGAAGAAUUGGAAACACUGUAACAGCGUUGGUUUUCCAGAGGAAAAAAGUGGGACCGUGCAUCUUGGACAAAUUAAAUUAGUUGAGAGAAGAAAAGCCUGAACUUUAAAGAAAACCUGACAGAAAACCUCAGACACAUGUGUAAAUAAAUGCUCUUUGAGUGCACAGUAAAACCCUGUGUGGAACUCCAAGGGACUGUAAAACGUUGCCCUAGAAACAUUUCAACUUUGCAUAACUUGCCUGUAAAUUUUGUCCUUGCUACAACCUUAUUUGGUUUGGGAAGCUGCAAGUAUGUAAGUGAGAGGAAAAUCAGGCAUUCUGAUUUUUAUGAUUAAUACAACCGAAUGAUUUUUGCAUUUGGAACGUCCAGCUUAUGUGUUUUUUAACUUUUAUUUUGGCAACUGGGACUCAUAGAAGUAAAUGUGUUUUACAAAGCAAAAAUCUCUUUUCUCUAUUGUGAAGUGUAGCAGGAACAAGCUUUUGAGAUGCAAGUGCUUGAUUUUUUUUUUUCCCCCUCCCUUAGGUAAAUAUGAGUGCAACAGUAUUAUCCAAAACCAAUAUUUAGUUAAGUAAAGACGGAAAUGAAUAUAAAAGCUGUAGCACUUGCAAAACAGAACCAGUUAGUGGGUUAGGUUUGGGUUUUCAGAAGCUCUCAGCCUCUGCAUAGUUCUGUUUCUGCUGAACGGGCCUCCCUCUGUGGGAAAAGAGUUGAGCUGUUGAGUGCUUUUAAAAAUCUCGCUUGCCUGGAUGUGCCCAUGCUUUGCCAGCUCUUUCCACUGCGUCCAGAAAUACAUAAAGGUGUGAUGUUAUAAUUUCACUGGUAGGUGACACAUGCCCCUUUCAUUAUUAAUUUGCCAUAUAGAAGUAUCUCGAGAGCCAGUAUCGAACAUCUGCUUUUCUACUAAUUUUUUUUUCAGAUUUUUGGAUUUUAGCUGCAUAAAUCCAAAAGAAUCUAAACCAUAACUAUCCUCUCUAUUAUUUUUUACUUCUGUGUGUGAUCCUUUUUAAAUUUAUUUUCUUCAGUUUUUCUGGAUUGCAGAAGCUCUCUACUGCUUGCAAGGAAGGAAAAUAUUUCUUUAUGCCUUGAGGCACAUUUACAGAUGACAAUAAAUAAGCACGAUUUUUUGGGGCAGCCAUGAGAUCCACAUUAGGAAAUCAGUUUUCUUUUCAUGGCAGAAGACGGUGUUUGCUCAGAGAACUGCUCCUCAUAGUUUCCAGUCUAAGCAGCGCUCAGGAGA